AUGUCAGAAUUAGCUGAUGUAUUGCCGACUGAAGAUUUGACAAUGUACACUAUCUGGGCCAAAUAUAAACAUUUGUGUGCAGUUACUGUUUCUGAAAGCAAUACAAAAGCUGUUACUAAUAAAAAAGAUGAUAGACCAAGUAUUGAGCAAAAUACAACCCGAAUGAUAACUGUUUCUGAACAAACGACUUCUCCUGAAAUCGUGCUUCUGAUAUCUGUUCCUCCUGUGGAAUGCCACGAUGAUAAUUCUACGACAUCUGCAAGGUCUUCUGCAGAAACACUUCAAAAUAAAGAUGUUUUCGGGCCUACUAACAAUAGUAAGAUAGAAAGGGGCAGUGAAAAAUGUGGCACUAAGCAAAAUCAGGACCUGCUUUCUAAAUGCGCUAUUGGUGACUUAACUUCUGCGCAUAAAACUCCGACCAGUCACACCUUUGACAUCUUCUGCUAUUGCAAACCGACACAAAAGAAACGUAAAAUAUCCAAAGAAAAAAUACCAUCAGCUAUUACAAGCAAGUCAUGGAGAGAAUUUUACGCAAAAAAAGAUGCAGAAAAAAAAAAAGAAAAGGAAGAUAUCAAAGCAAAAAGAAAACAACUACGUAAAGAGAAGAAAGAGUUAAAAGAAAAAGCCAUAAUUGAAAAACAAAAGAAUACGAGUAAACAUAAAGAAAACAUGAAGAAACGCAGACAUGUCUCUAUCACUUCCAGUGAAUCGGAUGUUGUAAGUGAUGUGACAUAUGCGGAGACAGGAGGAAGUGAAAUGGACACACCAGAUGAAUCUGAUGAAGAUCUAACACUUAUGGACUUGAAGCUAAAAAACACUAUGAAUGAAAAUGGCAAUAACAAUCAAAGGCAGUCAGAUAUUCAAGGCGACUCGAUUUCACUUCCGCUGUCCUUGGAACAAGCUGAUGCAAAAACGUCUGAUGAAGAUAUAGUAUCACCUAAAGUUAUAGUAGAGCAGUUGCCUUAUAACUUUUCUGUUACAUCAGAUGAAAAUUUAAAUGAAAAGCUGCGUUGUGGAAUUCCAAAAGGAAAUAAUACUUCCGUUUCUUGCAACGUUUCUGCUAACGAUUAUGUAAUAGUUAUUUGGAAUGAAAGGAAAUACCCAGGACAAAUUGUUUCUGUGACUGAAGAAGGGGCGCUAGUAUCUUGCCUUAAAAAAUCCAAAGAAUUUUGGCGCUGGCCUGUGAUAAAAGACUUACAACUGUAUAGUUGGGAUAGUGUUGUAUGCCAAAUAGCAAUUCCUAAGUUUGCAAUAAAAGGCUGUUUUAUUAUUCCAGAAAUGGAUAAUGUAUAA